CAAAAACCAACCACUUCUCAAUCUCUAAUUCUCUCUCAAUUUUCCAAGUAACAUUUUCAGCUCUUCUUCUUAUUCUACUAUUAUUUUCAACAAAAAUGGAAGCAAUGAGAAUGAGGCUUUUCUUCACUUUGGUCGUCGCCAUGAUGGCCGUGUCCGCCGUCCAGAAUGUGGCAGCCGCCGAUGCACCGGCUCCUAGCCCUACGUCCGAUGCCACCGCCUUUGUCCCCGCCGUAUUCGCCUCCCUUGGCGCUCUCGCAAUGGGGCUUCUCUUUUAAUUUUAAAAUUGUUGGCUUCUUUUUCUUCUUCUUUGUAAAUGAUGGGUUUUGAACUCGUUUUAUUUUAUUUUAUUUUUUGUUUUGAUUGAAUUUUUUUUUUAUUGACAUCCCAAUUCCAUGGGGUGUCACAACACAUUCAUCUUGUAAUAUUUAAUUUUUCAAUAUAUGAAUUAUUGUAUUGUUUGAUUGUCA